GCCCUGUUAUCCUAGCUGCCCGUUUCAGCCAUGCAGUUUCGUGUGACCCCGCCCUCACCCUUUCUCUUCCUCCUCCUCCUUCCUGUCCUCUUCCAUCCCCUAGUCAGCACCGGCGGAAUGGUAGGCCCUCUGCUCCUUUCCUUCAAGCCACAGUUAAGUCAUACGCCACGCGGGCACGCUAAGCUCGUUCACGGAGUAGCGAGUGAUGGCCGGGCCAACAACGCUGUCGGAAGUGUGCGGAUCCGGGGCCUGCCACGACGACAUCUUCGUCAAGAUCCCAGCGAGGCGAUCCCCGUCAACAUUACUGAGCCCGAGAAUUUUGAAUAUCUCGGUGAAAUAGUGGAGGAGUCAACACCUAAGAUAAUGUCGAAGGAUUACGUUGAUGUGUCCCCCGACAAUACGGCCGUCUUCUACGUUGAGAAGGAGCCGAACAACUGGACAUCGUAUGUGGUCAUGAGAGCAAUACUUUCUGGAUCCGCCACUCUUGCGGCUGCAGGUAAGGGGAAGCUCUCCUGGACUAUCUCCCGAGUGGCAGGACCAUUCACGAACGUCAGCGGACUGCUGGUGCUUGACGAGAGCAGCCUGCUUCUCUCCUUUCGCAGCGAGAACCUCGUAAGAAAGCACAAUGCCACAAGCGGAGAAGAGUUGAGCUCCAUGUCUGUGAGGGAGCCUUACUCCAUGGCCAAACAUCAAAGCGAAGAAACGGUCUUUGUCGCAUCAAACGAUAGCAUAAUUGCUCUUCCCCUGAUGCUCCCGGAGAGGCAGCAAACACUGGCGGGCUCUGGACACAACUCGAGUGGUGCUGGGACUCGAUUUCUGCAUCCCAACAUAGGGCCUGAUUCGCUUUCCUCUGAUGGAAGCCAUCUGUAUGUCGCUGAUGAAGAUAAUCACAUCAUCAGACGAGUUAAUGCGGUCACAGGAGCCACGGAAACCAUAGCUGGGCAGGAGGGUAAUGCGUCUAGCAGUGAUGGUCCUCUGUCCGACGCAGGCUUCUCGUUCCCAAAGUGCCCGGCGCUGACGAUUGGAGGUACGAAUCUCUUUCUGGUGGACCAGGCGGCUGGGAUUCGCCGGCUGACGUUUGACCGGUCGAAUGGCAGCGUCUCUUCCGUGAGCACAAUCCUCAAGUCCAAUCAGUCGACCGGAUAUAUUGCCUUUUCUAAAGAUAACCGUCUCUUGUUUUUCGCAGCCGGUAGUCAUGUCUUCGUGCUGCGAGUGAACCUCUUUGAACAGGCUUUCGGCAUAUCGAAUCGAAAGUCAGUUUCUCUCAUGGUUGUUAUUCUGGUCCAGGCCCUGAUCCUUGGGGCAGCAAUGCUUGGUCUUAUCUUUCUUGCCGUUCGCACGCUUCGAGUCGCCGAGUUAGUGAUAAAGCAGCGUCCCGAGACUAGCAGAUAUUCGGACGCUCGAGGUGACCCUCCAAUCAAUUUGAACACUGGUUAUCGCCAAAACCAUCAGUCUUACCCGAACGCUGGAGAUGGCCCUACCAUCAACUUGGACAACGAUGACGCCCCAAACCCUGAGUCUCACCUGAACGCCCAAUCGACAACACCGGGACCGACGAUACCGCCUCCUGGAGUGCGCAGUGACAGCAGUGCCGUUAGACAGCCAGAGAGGAAUGACGUCCUGGGACGCGCCCCGAGAGGAAGAAGCGGCUGGUUCAGGAGCAAAAUCACCGAGGCGGUCCCCUUCAAUAUCACAGAUCCAGACCUCGUAAGAUAUGUCAGUGAAGUAGCUCCAGAAUCAACACCUAAGAAGAUAAUGUUGAAGCAAUACAUUGGUCUGUCCCCAAACGAUACCACCCUCUUCUACGUGGAGAAGGAACCGGGCAAUUGGACAUCGUAUGUGCUUAUGAGAGCCAUCCGCUCAGGAUCCGUCGGUGGUGCUUGUAGCCCAAUUGAGACGAACAUUUCUUGGACCAUCUCCCAAGUGGCAGGACCGUUCACGAACGUCAGCGGACUGCUGGUGCUUGACGAGAGCAGCCUGCUUCUCUCUUUUCGCAGCGAGAACCUCGUAAGAAAGCUCAAUGCCACAAGCGGAGAAGAGUUGAGCUCCAUGUCUGUGAGGGAGCCUUACUCCAUGGCCAAACAUCCACGCGAAGAAACGGUCUUUGUCGCAUCAAACGAUAGCAUAGUUUCUCUCCCCCUUACGUUCCCGGCAAACCAGCGAACACUCGCGGGCCCAAGUGUAGUUGUUAACGAGAAGGAAAAUCGAAGCUCUGCAGAUAACUCCACUGGUGCUGGGGUUCGGUUUCUCCAUCCCAGUAUAGGACCUCAUGCAGUUUCCCCCAAUGGAAGCCAUCUUUACGUCGCUGACGAAGGCCAUCAUAUAAUCAGACGAGUGAAUACGGUCACAGGAGCUACGGAAACCAUAGCUGGGCAAGAGGGUAAUGCCUCUAGCAGUGAUGGUCGUCCGUUUAAUGCGACCUUCUCGUUCCCAAGGUGCCCGGAGCUGACUCAGGGGUCUAACUUUCCUGAUCUUGUCUUGGUGGACCAGUCUGGAAUUCGCUGGCUGACGGUUGACUUCGGAGACCGCGUCAUUGGCGUCAGGACAAUCGUGAAGUCGACUCAGUCGACUGGAUGUAUCAUCGUUUCUCAUGAUAACAAUCUCUUGUUUUUUGCGGCUGAUAGCCACGUUUUCGUGCUAGAGGACGCUUAGUGCUCAGUUCUUCUGCCCUCCAGUCCUCCACCCAUCAGUUCCGCACCUAACCCAAGUAGUUCUGAACCUUCGGGCGCCCGCCGCGCCAAUUCCGGAUCAUACACUAUACCAUUGGCUCUUGUGGUCGGUCUUGUGGUCGUGAUGGGUGUGGUGUUCGUAACCUCUCUGUAUGUUGUUAAGUGUGUUCACGCUCGUACGCUCCGAACCGU